UUUGGAUUUUUCGCGAGCAGCAGCACCAAAGGGCAUCAGUUUGAACUUGAUGGAAGCCAGGAGGAUUGAGGAGAGCAAACCAGAGGAUAGAGUUGUUGGGAAGACGAAAGCAGAUACUGCAGUUGCGACAGGAACACCAGACUCAUCUUCAAUAAAGCCUCAUCAGGAUGACGUAAUCGAUCAUGACGACUUGUUUGCGUCCUAUUUGCACCGUCUCAACCAGCACGACGCACCGCCAGAGCGUCCUUCUAGUACACUUGUUUCGAGCCCCACUUUAUUAAGCUCAAGAGUACAAGAACUUCCCGGUCCCGAACAUCACGGAGACAACCACCUUCACGAUCAUUGGGCAGAC